UAUAAAGCCGACUCCCGAACGAGUAGAGCGACGUCACUGACCAAGUGUCAAAAUUACUCCACAUCAUCGUACAAGUGUCAAUACCUACUUGUCUCUACGAGAGCGAAUAACGGAACUUUGCGUGUCAUACAAAUUUUGUAUUUUUUAUAUAGAUUUAAUUAAAUAGUUGCAAGUUUAAACCACGACUUCUUUUUGUUUGUCUCAUCUUGGACAAAUUUGGCGACCGUUUACACGACGAGAACUACGAAUAUUCACUGCUUCGGACAAAGGAGAGCAGAAGGUCAAAGGGCGCUCAACACUAAAAUACCAAAUCGGUCUACAAAGGCGCAGUCUACCACCCUGCUCACCCUGGAUAUACGAGGAACGAUCGAGCUACGAGCUAUUUAUCCACUUUUUUCAACUUCGGAGGACUACAAGGACUAUUUGAAAGGACAACUUGGACUCACCGGGACCAGCCGGCCAGCAACGAGCUACCAGCACCGCAGCAUUGGUUCACCUAGAUAAAAACAUUUCCCUAUUCCCGAGCGCUCGCGCAGCGUGCAUCUGUCGUCGCCGGCCGCCUGCUACUAAGGGCCAGUUUCGCCUACCACAGCCAACUGCAGCAUCAGCAGAACGAGGACCGAGCGUAUGCCUAUUACUUAUAAGAAGUAAACAACUUUUUUUGCACGUACUAAUUUGCUAAUUUGUUACUAUGGGCGAGUUAAGGGAAUUAUUGGUGAAACGUAGUUCGAUUAAAGGACGUUUAACUAAAUUUAAGAACUACCUAUCUACACUGCCACUAGACAGUACUAUUUCGUCAGUGGAAAUUGGCAAAUUAACUUGCAAAUUAAGUAAUUUUGAAGCGUUAUUUAAGGACUUUGAGGCUUUGCAAGAUGAUAUCGAAGUAUUAAAUGAAGCCACAUUAAACACAGAGUUAACCGAACGGGAUUUAAUAGAACAAGAUUUCUACCAUUGUAUUGCCACGGCCCGCGAUAUUUUAGACAAUUUUAAGCGAAAUAACCCCGACCGCGAAAGUGAAUAUGACUCGACUACGACCAAUCUUCAUAAUACUGACCGGGAUCUUAUGGGUUUUCGUCUCCCCGUUAUUAAAAUUCCCACUUUUGACGGGACUUAUUAUCGCUGGCUGGAAUUCCGGGAAAGUUUUCACUCUUUGAUACAUAACAACGAUAAAAUUAAAAACAUACAUAAAUUCUAUUAUUUAAAUUCCUAUUUAGAGGGAGAGGCAGCUCGAGUGAUUUGUAAUUUAGAGGUCUCUGAUCAAAAUUAUCCCGAGGCGUGGAAAUUGUUACGCGAACGAUAUGACAACAAACGCCAAUUAGUCAACAACCAUUUAAAAUCAUUAUUUAAUUUGGAACCUAUCACGCGCGAGUCUGAUAAGAGUCUUAGGUAUAUUGUUGACCACGUUUGCAAGAACCUGCGUGCUCUCAAGACGUUAGGUCAGCCCGUAGACCAGUGGGACACCUUGAUCAUUUUUAUGAUGACGUCAAAAUUGGAUAGCACCACUAGUGUAAAAUGGGAAGAGCACAAAAAUUCUCUCGCGGACAUGCCUACGCUGGAUAACUUCCAUUCUUUCCUAAAAGGUCGUGCAGAUGUCCUUGAAACCGUUCAGCGGAAUAAACAGGACAAGUCAUUUAAGCGUCAAUCGGACGCGCCUGUUUUACCGCAGCGGCCUAAACCUAGUCUACCUAGCGUUAAAACCUUCAUGGCUCAAACCAGUGAACCCUCAGGUUCCAAGCCACUUCAAUGCGAAGAUCUCACGCCUCCACUCAACUGGCGUCUCGGCAGGAUUGCACGAAUCUUCCCAGGCACUGAUGGCAUCCCUCGAGUCGCCGAUAUUUCCACAGCUCGAGGCACCGUUCGUCGAGCCAUCAACCGCAUCUGCUUACUCUCGUCCCCAGAUGACGCAGAGUCUUGA